AUGGCUUCUAAUUCGGUUAAUAACAAAAAGUCGAAGGCGCACAACCGCAUGGUACAGCCCGCAUUACCACUGGUCCUGGGGUCGAGGCCUCGAAAAGCGAAACCUGUCACAGUUGAGCCUGAGCCCGAAUCUGAGGUGGUUGCCUCAGAGUCGGCACCCCAACUCCAGGUCAAUGGUAGAGUCCCUGAUACAGAGACGCAGUCUGUUGCGGAAGGGCCUAGUGAUAAGGCGGCCGAAGACACAAGCUCUCCGCGGAAAGAAGAAAAAUCACAACCAGUCACCCCGCGCGACGCUCCGGCUGAGGAACUCGCGACCUACCCUGAAAGCCAUGUCGCAGAAGAGGAGAAAGAGGUGGACAAUGCCUUGGCUAGUCACGAGGUCGAGGCUGAUGUCGGACAUGCUCCAGUGGCCGAAGCAGCAAACAGUCAUACAGCAGAUCCCAGCGUGCAAAUUUCUGUCGCAGAGUCAGACGGAGAACAAGGCAACAGCGUUGACAUAGAUGGCCACUUUCCGGAGUCUACCAAUAGUCCAGUCGGAGACGCUGGUGACGGAGAGCCAACAGUAUCCUCUAGUCCCAAACUCUCCGAACAGACCAACGAACCUCGUUCUACACAACUUUAUGUGAACGGAAACAGCCCAUCGGACUCCACGCCCACGGACAAUGAGGCUCCUCCAUUACAGCAAGAGCAGCCCAAGCAUGAGGAACAGCUUAACCACACUUACGACAGCGGUCGAGCUGAUUCUACUGCGGAGGCAGUUCGCGAACCAGGGAUGAAUGGUUAUCAUCAAGCAGCAACCAGCUCAUUUGUUCCACCUGCGACUGCGUCACGGUCGUUCAAUGCUCUUCCCUCGCUUCAAGAACAUUUGCUUCUGCUCAACGCGACGAAAGAAGGUGUCGACAUCGUCAUCCAGAUCAAUCCGAGCAAUGCGCAGCCUUUUGUCAGCUACGCGCACUCGGUCAUUCUCUUCCGAAGCCUACGACUACGAAGGCUGGUGUCCCGUCAACAACAAGCUAACCACAAUUAUGGCAGCAACGUUGUAACCCUCUAUCCAGCCCGUUAUGUCAUGCCUCAUGCUUUUGAGGCAGCGUUACGCUUCCUCUACUCUGACACGGUUCUGGGGAAGGAUUUCUUCGUCCAACCGCACCCAGGUGCAGAUUACCAGUCUAUCAGAGUCCACAACCUCGACUACCUACUGUCAUACUGGGUCUCUGGUAUCGAACUUGGACUUGAGCCAGUCUCUAUCUGUGCAGAACGACUUCUGAACACCUACCUGGACUGGGAUAUUCUUGAGAUCACUUACAAAUAUGCGAUGGAGCUUGCCAGCUCGCCUUCCCCGUCCCACGGAAAGAACAUGACCGGCUCUGAUUACAUCGUCACCAGCAGCUCCAUUGUCAAGCAGGUCCUUCAGUUCUUGGCCAAUCAUAUCGAUAUCAAGAAUUUCAAGCUGGUUACUGCCAUGAACCACACUCUAGUCCCUUCGCGUCUCCCCCAGGUUGAAGACGGCCGUCCCAAGCACAACCCAGCGCUGGCCUCUAUGGUGUUUGGCUCCAUGCCAUCAUCUGCAGACAUGUCACCAUCUUCGCCACAGUCUGAGAUCCUCCCUACAGGAUCCAACUUCAAAGACACCGUCACCUCCAACAUCUUGCUGAAUGUCGAUUUCGAAAAUCUCUUCGCAUUCAACAACUUCAUCCAAGCACCCACCAUACGUGAUGCUGCAACCACCAAACUCAUGGUCGAUGUGGUCAACGAACGCGAACUCCGCCGCCAGAGGAUCCACGACUCCCACGUCCCCAACAAAGAGCGCAUGGCCAAUUCAGCAGCGUGGGAACCGGUUGGCAUCAAAGAGCUGAUCCUGGAAACCAACGUGCUUCACCGCGACCGUGUAGGUUUCUUGGUGUCAUCCAAAUGGGCAGAAAAUGAGGCAAAAGUGAGGACGUAA